CAUGCUGGCUCCGCCCCGUGGGGCAGGGCCCCGGGUCGGCUGCCCACGGCCGCGAGCCGAGCUCCGGCCUCCUCCUGCCUCGCCGGCGAGGCUAGCGCGCCCGGCGCUGCCGCGUCCGGCUCGGGGCUUCAGCCCUGUCCCCUGUUCCGCGCCGCAGGUGCCCCGCGAGGAGCCCGGCUGGCCGCGCCGGGGGACCCCGUCCGCGCCGCUGCCUGCCUCCGCCCCGGGCUGCCGCAUGGCGCUGAGCAGCGAGCACUUCGGUGCCAUCCUGGGGAGAACGGUCAAAAUCACCUUAAAAUGCGGCGUCUUCCAAGGGGUGCUGCAGCACGUGAACCCCGACCGCAGCCUCCUGCUGCGCACAGUGAAGAACUUGGAAACUGGCAGAAGUGCCCCUGGAGCAAAUAUGUUUUUUGGCUGUGAAAUAGUCAAUGGUGAAGCCUUUCUCACUGCAUAUGAAGGCAUGGGGAUCAUGGCCACUCUUAGCAGCACUUCUCAGUCUAAUUAUGGACACUCUGCUGAAUUCCUCAGUUGCACAAUUUUCCCCCUGUUAAGAAGUUGCUUGUCAGUGCUAGAGUGUAAACUGUUUGUUUAUAUUACAGUGGAACUGCUAGAUGAACCAGGUUCAGGGAAGGGAACAGCAAUGCUUUCAGAAAAUAAAUGCCCAGUUGGCAAAAUAAACUUUUACUGUUGGGUAGCUUCAAGAUACCCCAUAAGAAACACAUACAUUGGCCUGGGAAGUUGCUUCAUAUGCAGCAGUUCAUUGUCUGGCAGCAGGUGUACUUCAGCUGUUGAAGGGAACACAGAAGACGACAUGGGUGGAUGUGGCCCAUGGAGUUCUCCUUCCAUUUCCCUAGAGAGCCAGCUGAAAGCCUGGAAUAGCUUAAAAAAGUGUCUUUCAGGGAAGGAGGAAGAAGAGAAAGUGGAGUAUACAGUUGUUGACUGUUUCCAGCAGAAAUUUGGCUCAGCAGUGCUGCACCUAAAACAGCAGUGUGUUGUCAGUGUAGCAGCAGAAGGUGUUAAUUGUCAUCAUGGAAAACUUUCUUGGCUUCAGAUAGCAACAAAGAGCCAAAUUUUCCUAUUUGAUAUUUUCCUUCUGGGACCUCAGGCUUUCAAAAAUGGAUUACAAAUGGUGCUAGAAGAUAGAAGCAUCUUAAAGGUCAUGCAUGACUGCUGUUGGAUCUCAGACUGUCUCUCUCACCAAUAUGGAGUCCUUCUCUCCAAUGUCUUUGAUACACAGGUUGCUGAUGUUCUGCAGUUCUCAAUGGCAACAGGUGGCUUUCUUCCACACCGUAUCUGCACAUUACCAGAGUGUUUGAUGCAGCACUUGAAGAUAUCUCCGAAAUCAACUGCCCUCAUGAAGUGCAGGCAGCAGAUGGCUUGGGUGAGUGAUUCAAUGAGACACCUUCUGAAGAUUCAACUGACUUGUACUUUGCGCCCUUCAGAUGUGUUUUUACAGACACACAGUUACCUUAGUGAAAUCCAUAAUAUGGAUGCAGCUUCACUUUAUGAGAAUCGUGAUACAUGGUUCUUGAGACCCUUUCCACCUUCUCUGCUUAAAACACUUGCUCUGAAGGCCAUGUACCUUCUGCCACUCCACUCUUCUCUAAUGGGUAAGCUGAUGUCUGACCUAACGGCCCUGGUGGAUGAUUAUGUAAAUGCUUUUCGGGACAGAUCAGGAGAUCGCCUUGGGAGCACAAAGCCCACUUGCAUGGAGCUACCAGAGGAGCUGCAUCAGCUGGCAGACUUCCAGAAGCUACCAACGGAAGACUACAAGAUGAAUGAGAAUGGUCUUUUGAUCAGACCAGCCAUGGAAUUAAAAGAGAAAAAAGAUGCAUAGGAGGAUGGAAACCACAGAGAUGACAGGGACUACCUUCCCACAAAUACAUCUCAAAUUACAUCCUUCUACAAUCAGGAUCCAUUUUGUCAAGAAAAGCAUGAAAAUCAAAAUCAAGAGGUAAAUCUGUGGGAGAACCUUGAACCAACCUCAAACUGGCUAUAAAAAUCUUUCUGAUACAGGUGACAUGAUCAGCUCAGACUGUGCAUCUUAGGACAUCCAAGUGAAUGAAAAGGGACUAUGGCCCGUGCAGAAGCCUCAGACCAAAGCUGUGUUUUUACAAGGACAGGUAAACCUGUUGUUGAUGGGAAAUAAUUAUGGUCCAAGUCUAAGCCAAUUCCUGCUAUGUCUGGCCAUUCUUGUCAAGAUCUAUUUCAGGUUCAGAGGCUAUCCUUUCAUUGUCUCUUGCCACCUUGCCAAGGCUUGGAGACCACUGGCUUGUAGCUGAAGCAGUCGUUGAGGGUGUCUUGGAGUUGGACUUCCCAAUUCCCCCCCAAAAUGAGUGGAAAUGCUUCAGCGUUUAGCUCCAUUUCUCUUUCCAUCUUCUACUAUCAGGUGCCUGCACCAGUUCUUCCAAGCAAAUUAGAGCUAUUUUUGCUAUUAAAACAGGGACACUUGUUUUUCUUACUGCUGUUAUCAGACCAACAUCUUAAGUGUAUUGGUUCUUUUGUUGUCACCUGUUGCAGGUAUGUAAAGCUCUCACCCAAUCUAAAUAUGUAGACCGGGAGCUUGCAAGAGGCCUGUUCAUUGAGAUUAGAAAGGGUUUACUUGGAAAAAUUAAGUGUCUGCUCAACACACAUGGGCUUGGUUUAUACACAGAUAUGUCUCUUUGCAAGACCCUUGGAUAGCUAUGCCAUGGGAGAGCAAAAAAGAUAGCACUGCAUUGAAGAGCUAUGUUCACAAAAACAAAAAGGAAUACUAAUAAAAAGGGCCUAUCUGCCAAGUCAGAGUUAUCUUAGGCCAUACUGAAGAAAGUUUUCUCCUCAAAGUUGCACCUUCAUCAUUGUUUGCCAGAACUGCUGUAUCAACCUAAUGUAGAUAAGGCUGUAACAUAAAUAGAUAUGCAUGUGUACACACCACAUUAAUCUCCUCCAACUGAUAAUACUACACUACUGCAAUGGCAAAUUAAGGCAGGCCAUGCCUGAAUCUUGGAACAUUUUUAACAUGCUACUGUAUCUUGACUUAGAAGUACAGGACUGUUGAAGAUUCUUGGUCUUAGAAAUUCUGAAUCUGUAUACAUAUAUUUAAAUGUUUUUAAAACUGGGUGUCUUGCAGUUCAAAUGCUUCAGAAAGAGUGGAGAACACCUUAUUCAUGUGUAAGGAAGGUUUUCAGGGUUGCAGUUAAAGAGUAUUGGUGAGCACUAAUGAAGUAUGUGAAAUAGGGAAAAACAGAACAGGCAAUGGUCAGAUUACCUGUUAACAGAUUGCAGGCUAAGAACAAUUUGGACAUCGGGCUGCAAAUGUGAACUAAUGAUAAUGAAGCCAGGUUGCAAGUGGAAUGUGAGGUCUGUGUAUCUGAGUACAUGCCAAUACCUGCUUGAGCUGUUCUUGUUUGAAUGCAGAUUGGUGUGCCUAGAUGCUUCUGAUGUAUCUGUAUAUUUUGUUUUUUAGUAUUGCUAGGGGAAGAGGAUUUUUUUUUUUCCCCCGGAGUACUAAACCAGCAGUAUUUAAGUAGAUCUCUUUGAAACUAUAGGCAAAACUUGCUCACUUCUGGGAGUGGCAGAAAAAAUUUCCAAGGUUGUUCUUUGUCCAUGCACUUUUUUUGAAACCGUCACAGUAUUCUCUAAUUAAAUGUAGAGUUCCUUUGUCUCAUUUUACUUUAGAAAAAUAAAAUAGGCUUGAAAUAA